AUGUCUUUCGCUAAAUCCAUAUCCGGGGUUGCCCUCGCCAUUGUCCUCCUCCAGGGUGCCAUGGGAAAUCCGGUCUCGAAAACUACCUAUGUGUAUGCCUCCGGUACUUCCAGCCCUGCUCCAAGCUCGACAACGGUUGAGUAUGAAGGCCAAUGGGAUGCCUGUGACAACACUCCUGCCCCAUAUGGGUGCCCGUCUUCCAUCUCUACAUCGGCCUGCCCAUCAAUCUGUGCGGAUUAUAUCAACGAGUGUGGAAUGAUGUAUGGCGGUUGCUUCCCGGAUCCCCAAUGUACCGGCGGGACUGCAUGGCCAACAUUCUCAAAACCACCCUGCCCUACAGUCAGUCCCACAUCUUCGGCUUGCCCAACUAUCUGCGCAGACUACAUUAAUGAUUGUGGCCAGAUGUACGGCGGCUGCUUUCCUGACCCACAGUGCACUGGUGGAACUGCAUUCCCAUCUUUCUCCAAACCCCCAUGUCCUACCACCACCACGGCACCACCGCCAACUAUCACUACAGUUCCUGGCUCGACUACUACAUGUAGCACAUUUAUCUGCUCAGACUUUAUCAACAGCUGCGGUAGGAUCGAGGGAGUCUGCUUACUUGACCCAUACUGUACCCACAAUGGCGUCUUCCCGACUACCUACAGCCUAAGUCCGUGCACUACUAUUACCGAAACUUAUACCCCCUCCCAAACAUGCAAUACUAUCUGCGUCGAUAAAAUCAAUAGUUGCGGUCAGACGUACGGCGGCUGCUUCCCGGACCCAACCUGUACUGGUGGCACUGUCUGGCCGACAUUCACCUCGCCCGCGUGCCCCACGGGAACUAGCUCCACAUCAGUCUCAGUUACGACAAUAACACCCGCGGCAUCCCCUUCCACAACGUUGGAGACUGAUACCGUCACUUCCUAUACCAGCAUUGCACCAAACACAGUCACGGUUACGUUCACUUCACAAACUGUGAUAAUCCCGUCUUCAUCGUCGGCGGCAGUGGUGGCGGCCGGUAAUGGAACACGUUCUGGUGGGGUGUCGCCCACUGUAUCAGAGCAGGCGCCUCAGCCGAUAUUUACCGGAGAGGCAAUGAGGAACAGAAUGGGAUGUGGAAUUGUGGCGGUUGUUGUGGCGGUUGUUGUGGCGUUCUUGUAG